AUGUCAUCUACAAAUGAAAAUCUCGAAAGCGUAAACCUGGCCGCAGUCCUCGAGACUGCCAAAGCUCGGGUUACCCUUCAAGAACGCCCAAUUCCAAAGCCCGGUCCGGACGAGCUUCUCGUGAGGAACAAAGCCAUCGCUGCUAAUCCUGCUGAUUGGAAAAUCCAAGACUACGACUUUUUCGUGGACAAAUAUCCGAAUGUUCUCGGGAGCGACGCCUGUGGGUAUGUUGUCGACGUCGGAAAUGCCGUUACUCGCUUCAAGAAAGGUGAUCGUGUCACUGGCUUUGCCGCCGUCAUUUACAACUCCAACAUCGAUCAUGGCGCGUGGCAAACGUACACUAUACUGCGGGAAAUAGCAACGUCUAAAAUACCGGAUUCGAUGUCUUUUGCUGAGGGAUCGGUGUUUCCAAUGGCGUUCGCUACGGCUUGCAUGGCUCUCUUUGUUAAUCUGAAAUUUCCACGGCCACCCGCCGUAUGCACGCCAGCUAGCUCAACGAUACUGGUCUGGGGUGGCUCUUCGUCAGUAGGAUCGGCUGCGGUGCAGAUUGCGAAAGCUAUUGGACUUCAUGUGUGGGCGACGGCAAGUCCUUCUAAUCACGACUUUGUCAAAUCAAUGGGCGCGACUCGAGUAUUCGAUUAUCAUAGUCCGAACGUUGUUUCGGACAUCUUAUCAGCUGCUCAAGAGGCUGGUAUCAUCAUCACCAAGGUUUUCGACGCUAUAAGUGAGAAAGGGAGUCUCGAACUUGCCAGUGGUGUUCUGGCUGACGGAGGUGAGAUGGCUAUCGUGCUCGAUUGGCCGACUGGAACACCUCAGCCGCCAGAUAUCGCGGUUUCCUUGACUGUUGCGCUGAGAACGGGAAAAGAUUGCGAGGAUGUGGGAGCUUGGUUUUUUAAUGAGUGGCUGGAGGAGGCGAUGGAGAUGGGCACUGUGGUGCCGACGCCGAAAAUUCAAAUUGUUGAUGGAGGUAUUGAGGUUACACAGAAGGUAUUUGAUAUGUUGAAAGCGGGGGUUAGUGCGACGAAGCUUGUGGUUUUGCUUUGA